AUGACACCAGCAGUUUCCAUAUUGAGUCCAAUAGUUGCUUUGUUAUUCGAAUGUUUCUUGUUCAUUUUAUGGAUGGUUGCUGCCGAGUGUGCCGCAAGUUAUUAUGGGCCAUUGUAUUGCAACGGGUAUGAUAGUUUUUACGAUACUUACUAUGGUGAAUACGAUUAUUAUAGAUUUGACGGGGUUAAAAUUGCCUGCGAGACGGGAAAGGGAAUUAUCGGGGUUUCUGUGGUUGGACUUCUUCUCUCGGUUGUCCUGUUAGUGUUAGUGUUUGUCUAUUCGGUUAUUCCUGCUGCUGCAGCAAAUGCUGUCGGGUCACGUAACUGGUUUGAUUUGGGUGGGAUCUUCCCCAAGUAUGUCAAUACUGGGCUAGAACCAAAAUUUCAUCACAGUACAUAA